UGAAACGUCAGGUUCCGGACAUGCCAGCGUGUGCUCUGUUUGUCACAGGAAUCGUUGUCCGUCUUUUGCCAAAGAAACAUUGGACCCAGCAGGUGUCCACCGGAGGAUACCGCUCUCCUGGCCAGCACAUACUGUAGGGAAGCGUACGGGUAUUCCCAGCGCCCAAAAGUUUUCGGAGCAGGCCUCAGGCCUUCAUUAGCGCAGGAAGACAUAAACACACGGGGAGCGGUGAUGAUCUUGCGGAACUGAAGCGGGAACUUCAUACCACGACACGAGGGAGAUCGGAAUGAACGGCCAGGCUUUGUUGCUGGAGACGCUGCGUCAAGUUGAGCUCGAGCAGUACUACAGUAACUUCUCUGUAGUGGGUAUCAACGAUGUGGAGACGCUGGUGCAGCUGACCAUGCAGGACUAUGGCAUUGUCGGGGUGCAUAGUAUGGAAGACCGCAAACGUAAGUUUCAGCUGAUACAAAUGCUUAAAACGGAGUUCCCUAGCUUGAAUACCGACGCAUCAUCAACAGCGGCUUUGCUUCAAAAAGCAUCCAGUUUGCACAACGUCACCCCGGAACAGCAGACAUAUCAACAGCCAGUAUCAUCGCAACGCGAGGACAGUAAUCUCCGCCGCGUAGCGAGUUCAGGACGCAUACGCCCGCCGUCUGGCAGUUUCGGCGGCAACCGCUACAACGACUCUUUCGGUGGAAACGGAAGCGAUGAUGCGGACGAGGAUGGUCGAACGCCUGUGAAGUUUAGGAAAUCGCAGGCAGUGCUAAACGCGUAUGGAAUACCGCUGGCGGCGGCGGGGUCGCAGAAUCUUGCGAAGUCAAAUUCGAGUCUGAGCGAUAGGAUCCGUGUGUGCGUCAGGAAGAGGCCGUUGAACUCGAAGGAGCGGAAGCGGAAUGAGAGUGAUAUUGCGACGGUGACCGGACGGAGGACUGUGAAUAUCAACGAGCCAAAGGUCAAAGUGGAUUUGACGAGAUACGUCGAGCAGCAUGAAUUCGUCUUUGACGAAGCCUUCGACUCACACUGCACGAACGAUGAUGUGUAUCGACGAACCGCGUUUCCACUCGUGGAAUACAUUUUCACAGGAGGAAAAGCUACCUGCUUCGCGUACGGACAAACAGGUAGCGGCAAAACCCACACUAUGCUGGACGAAAAAGACGGCCUCUACGUCAAAGCCGGCCGGGACAUUUUCGCGACCCUGCAGCAGCCGCAACACGCGCACCUGACGGCCUGGGGCAGCUUCUACGAGAUCUACCAAGGGCAACUGUACGACUUGCUCAACUCACGCAAGAAGCUGUUUGCGCGUGAGGAUGGCAAGCAACAAGUCUGCAUUGCGGGGUUGCAGGAACAUGAAGUUAAAGAUGUGGAGGGGUUGAUGAGCAUCUUUGAGUUUGGGAAUAGUGCGAGGAGUACUGGUGCUACCGGCGCAAACGCGGACUCGUCACGGUCUCACGCCAUCUUUCAGAUCGUCCUCAAGCAUAAGAAGUCGAAGAAGCUAGCAGGCAAGCUGAGCUUCAUCGACCUGGCGGGCAGCGAACGAGGUGCUGAUCGUGGGGACGCGGAUAAGCAGACCAGAAUGGAAGGAUCAGAAAUCAACAAGAGUUUGCUGGCGUUGAAAGAAUGUAUCCGAGCGCUGGAUCAGGAGUCGAGACAUACGCCGUUCCGGCAGAGUAAACUGACUCAGGUGUUGAAAGACUCGUUCAUUGGAAACUCGCGGACAUGUAUGAUUGCCACUAUUUCGCCAAAUAUGUCAAACAGCGAGCACAGUCUCAACACAUUGCGCUACGCUGACCGUGUGAAAGAACUGAAAGGCGAUAGGUACAACACGCGUAGCAAGGUCCCUAAAUCGAUACCCAAACCAACCCCACGCGGGGGUUUCUCCAAAGACAAAUUGACCUCCUCGUCGGCGGUAUCGUCUGAGGACAACGUCAGCACCAGCGCCUCAUCCCUCGCAAAACCGCCACCACCCUCCACAUCCAUCCCGACCGCCGCCAGCACAUCAUCCACAACCACCCGACCACCCGCACCCAGCACUGACGCGGAAUCCGUCGACGACUUCAUCCGCUUGCACCGGCAGCACAUCCGCGAGAUCACCGAGAUCAACCGGCUCGAGAGCAAGUUGCUGGUUAACCUCACGAUGCGCAUGGGCAACAACACGUCCGCGUCAGACAUGUCGCAGCAGCAGUCGGAGUUUGAGAGUUAUGUGAGGGAGCUGGAUGGGUUGAUGGAGAGGAAGAGAGGGACGGUGGAGGAGGUGCGGACUAAGGUUAAGCUGAUGUUGGCGAGGGGUUGA